UCGGUCACAAGUGUAUUUACAUGAGCACCUUUUCCCCAAAGACAUUGAAUUUAUGGCAGAUGGUGGUCUUAAGAAAACUGAAGCCAGGUCUAGGAAGAUGAAGAAAGCUGGAAGAUUUACGUCUUAGAAUAAGACUGCUUGCUUGAAUCAGCAACUGGAAAACAAUGAAAUAUGACUGGCACUAACAGUACGGGAGUUGACGGGCUCACGCCCUGGAACUUCAAUGCCUCCAUGCACAAUGUGUCCGUAGGCUCCUACCAACCCAACGGCAGCUGUGGCGGCCACAAUGGCAGCGGCCUCUGUGUGGCGGAAGCUGCUGGGGCAGACAGCUCCUACAAGGCAGUGGAGAUGGUCUUCAUCGCCUUGGUGACGGGGUCGCUCAGCUUCGUCACAGUCGUAGGCAACAUCCUGGUCAUGCUCUCCAUCAAGGUCAACCGCCACCUACAGACCGUCAACAACUAUUUCCUGUUCAGCCUUGCGUGUGCAGACCUCAUCAUCGGGGUGUUCUCCAUGAACCUCUACACCGUUUAUAUCAUUGUUGGGUACUGGCCGCUGGGGCCUGUGGUGUGUGAUCUGUGGCUGGCUCUGGACUAUGUGGUCAGCAAUGCCUCGGUCAUGAAUCUGCUCAUCAUUAGCUUCGACCGCUACUUCUGCGUCACCAAGCCGCUCACCUACCCAGCCCGGCGCACUACCAAGAUGGCAGGGCUGAUGAUCGCAGUGGCCUGGAUCCUGUCGUUCGUCCUCUGGGCCCCCGCCAUCCUCUUCUGGCAGUUCAUUGUGGGCGAGCGCACGGUCCCCGCAGGGGAGUGCUAUAUCCAGUUCCUGUCGAACCCUGCCGCCACCUUCGGCACCGCCAUUGCUGCCUUCUACUUGCCCGUGGUGAUCAUGACCGUGCUGUACGUGCACAUCUCACUGGCCAGCCGCAGCCGCGUCAGGAAGCAGAAGCCUGAGACCCAGAAGGAGAAGUCCCGGAGGCCCGGAGGCCUGCUCAAGGCCCGCAUCCUCAGGCAGAACAACAACAACUCGCCCAAGCCCGACACGGAGUCCAUGAGGAAUGGCCAGCUGGAGGAGUCUGCCUCCAAGGCCGAGGAGAAGGACAGCUCCAAUGAGUCCAGCUCGGCCAGCAUUGCCCCCAAAGACCCCAAAGGCCGAGCUGAGAGCAUGGCCACCUCGGAGACUGCAGCCCCUGCCCCUGCCCCUGACCCCGCCCCUGACCCCACACCCAACCCCACCCUCCUCAAAGUAAACCCCGCCUCCAAGUGGUCAAAGAUAAAGAUUGUCACCAAGCAGGCUGGGGAGGAAUGCCUGACGGCCAUCGAGAUUGUCCCGCCGAACGGCGGUGAGAACAGCAGCCUUGCUGUAGCCCGGCCCCAGACUGUGGCCCGCAAGUUUGCCAGCAUUGCCCGCACCCAGGUGAAGAGGAAGCGGCAAAUGGCAGCUCGGGAGAAGAAGGUCACCAAGACCAUCUUUGCCAUCCUACUGGCCUUCAUCAUCACCUGGACGCCGUACAACGUCAUGGUGCUCAUCAGCACCUUCUGCCAGUCCUGCGUACCUGACACAGUCUGGGCCAUCGGCUACUGGCUCUGCUACGUCAACAGCACCAUCAACCCAGCCUGCUACGCGCUCUGCAAUGUCACUUUCAAAAAGACAUUCAAGAACCUGCUCAUGUGUCAGUACAAAAACAUUGGCAGCAGAUAAGAGUGGGUCCUGCGGCCGCUGCCUGCAGCAUGGAGACAGCUCGUUCACUCAGACCAUAUUUGGAUUUUAAGGAUCUGAAGAAGAAUUCCCAGAGGCAUAACCUGAACCACCACUUUCAUCCACAGAAUCAGUGCAUGUACCAUGCAAUAGAAUAGACUAUCAUACUGUAAAAUACAUCACGACUAGGCUAACCCUGAUUGCAGAAGCUUUGCUGCCGGAGCUUUCAGCAGUUUUACUUUAGUUGACCACUUGGGUAAUUCAAUUGUGGAUCUGUAGAACUUUCUCCAGAUAUGUGGUUACAACUAUCAAACAAAAAAGACUCUCUGAAGAGAUGCAAAUUCAUAAUUCCUCAUUCUGCUGAAAGACUAACAACAAGCAUGAAUUAAAUGUUAUGGGAUGUGCUGGAUAUCCCCAACAUUAAACAUUGUGGAAUCCCACAUCUGGUGAUUGGUCUAGCUCCGGGGAGUAUCUGUAUCUCAAUUUGCAUUGUAUCCACUAAGACCAGAAGCCAGAAGGUUUUUAAAUUGCUGGGUAUGGAACUACAAAUUGCCAAAGCUUGAAGGUAUUGCACACAUCAAUGUUUCAUAUCAGAAUUUGAAGAUUUUAGCUGGAAAAAUAUUAAUAUGACAAACUGGUUGGGGGAGCGGGUGUGGGGACCAUCAAUGUUUUUGUUUUCAAGAAAGUUAAAGACAUGUUUUUAAGGCUAAAGAGGAUUACAUCUUUCCAAAGCUAUUCUGAUAGUUUAGCUUGUGUUUUUAUAAGUGAGAAGCUUGGAAAGCCUCAUGGGGAAGACCCAGACUGCAGUCUCAUGAGAGCUGUUAGACCAAAGGAGGAAGGUUUUCUCUGUGCUGUAACAUGAUGGCAGCUUCUUUCCAAAUUGCCUGGAGGAGGUGAUCGUUUUAUCAGAAUGCUGCCGGUUGUAGCUACUGGACAUUUUGCACGUGGGAUAUUUCAUGUGGAAUCAGAAAACAAAAACAAUGUCAUUUUUAUAUUUCUCUUUCUAGGACAAGCAAAGAUUAGUAAAUAACAGGCCAUUAUCUACAAUUUCCACAAAAGAAAAUGUCAGUUUUCUCUGAUGUAUUUAUUAUCUGGAUGUUUGUACUUAUCUUGUACUUGGUUUAUUGUAAUCUGCCUAAAGGUGAACUUCCUUUACAAAAAAAGAAAAAAAUAACAUAAACAUUGUUACUGCCUGGA